AUGGAAAAUGUGAUUCAGAACUCGAGCGACUAUUGGGGUUCGUACGAGAAGGAUACCAGUACGUUGGUCGCAUUCACUGGAAUAGAAAAGGGAAACGAUGAGGGUUACGCGGAAAAUCAACCGGAUUUUGUGAUAUUUGGUGGCGGGAGCGGACCACUCAAAGAAAAAACAGACGAGGAGGACCUUCUGAAAAGUAUGGAGUUCAUUGUGCAUCACUUGAAACAAGCUUUCAACAUUGAGGAUAUACCACUGUUCCCGGUAAUGGGCAAAUACGACAUAUUCCCUGCCGCCACUCUUCCGGUGGGCCCUGAAGAUUGGGACAGAAUACUCUGGUGCAAAAAGCUGGCUAUGGACGAACGACUCUGGAAGCAGUGGAUAGAUAUGGCGCUUGACACCGUGUCCGUUGUACAGAAACUACCUUUGAUCAGAUUCGAGGAAGGUUGUUAUCAUUCGAUGUUGAUCGGCAAGAAUCCGAAAAUUUUGCUACUCGGUGUUAACAGUUUGGCCUGGUAUCGAAACAAUGAGCAAAUCAAUUCAAGUUAUACGGAUCCGUUGAAUCAGUUCUUAUGGAUGGAAAAAAGCUUGAAAUGGGCACGCGAGAACAAGGCUAAGGUUCUAUUGAUCACUCAUAUUCCUCCCGGGGCGCAGGAAACAAAUCCGAAUGCACGUCCUUUAUAUUUGGACCAAUACAAUGACCGUAUUAUUGAAUACAUUCGGGACUAUUCCGACGUGAUCACAGCCGUUCUGUCGGGCUACGGACACACUGAUACUUUCCGAGUGAUAUUGGAUAAAUCAUAUCACCCAAUCACCACGGUGUUGAUGUCCCCGUCAAUGGAUCCCAGGCAUAUAUCCGGUACGGGCUCAUUCAAUCCGCGCAUACGACAAUACAAAUAUUCCCGCAGUACCGGUCGCAUUUUAGACUAUCGUCAAUUCUACUUGAACCUCACACAGAAGCAUCCCCAAUGGGAGUUGGAAUAUGUGGCCCGCGACGAGUACAAGUUACAAGACCUGUCACCGCAAUCCUUGGCCGAUUUGUUGGAUGUGUUCACCAGUACAGAUAAUGAGAACGGUUGGUGGGACGCAUUUUGGAAGCAUCUGUUGGGAGGUGGAAAACACGAUCCGGUUAACGAAGGUGACGGGAACUGUCCGAAAUCGGACAGUCGAUGCCGAUGCGAAUUUGUCUGUGCAAUGCGGCAUUUGGACACGAAAGAAUUUGAUCCGUGUCGAAAAAUUUGCAAAUCGGACAAUCCCAAAUUGCCCACAAUUCACGAUCUGAUUAACCCGCCACAUCCGGAACCAGAACCGGACACGGGAGGCUCAUCAACUGGUGUGAUUGUUGGUUCAGUGGUUGGUGUGCUGUGUGUAGUGUUGGCUGCUGGUGGUGGUGCUGGUUACUAUUUCUACCGGAAAAGGCGUGGGUAG